AUGGCGGCAUCUUUUGAUCUGUCCAAGCCUAACCGCACCAUCCACGCCGGAGUGAUUCUCAUGAAUGCAGAAACGGAGAUUCUUGAUGUGGCUCCAAUUGACCUGUUGCAUGCAGUGUCGAAGAAGUUCAUGCGGACUCUGGAGCAAUUUGUUCCAAAGGAGAUGGCGGCCCAAGCCCUUGAUAUUGAAUUCCAUUGGGUCAAUGAGACAGGCAACACUGCCAGAUUGACAGGUGGUGUCUCGCUUCAGCCCACCGACAAGUUUUCGACGUGCCCGCUCCUUGAUAUAGUACUCAUGGGAGCCCAUUUGGAAGGGUAUACUCCAAACGAGGCGGAGCUCGACUUCGUACGCAAGAGUUAUGAGAACUGUUCAGCGUUCAUCACCAUCUGCGCAGGAUUCCAAACUGCAUUCCAGGCCGGGUUGUUCAAGAACAAAACUGUGACGGCGCCGCGAUUCAUGUUGGAGCAGCUCCGAACAACCGGUUCUGAGACGAACUGGGUCGAAAAGCGGUGGCAUCGAGAUGGCAAGUUGUGGACGAGUGGCGCUUUGCUUAACGGACUAGAACUCAUGCGUGCUUUUGGUACAGAAUAUUGGGGUGGUGAGGGCACGCUGAUGCAAUUCGCUCUCGACAGUGGACACUAUCCGCAAAGAGACGUCCAAUAUGAAGACGCUACGUCGAAGCUUUGA